AGCAGCAGCAGCAGUGGCUGCGAGCAGCCAAACAAGCUACGGCGCUAAUCGCGCAAGCCAGUCUGUGUAGUACGCUGGCUUGUCGGAUCGCUGUGCGGGGGGAUGCCGCGACCGUCGUCCGUGUAGUAUUGGCAGCAUCGUCGGGUCGUCCGGCCAGCAGCGACGGAUAUGGGCGGCCCGCUGCGCAAGCCGGAGAUAGUUCGCGGGUUCCAGAGACCGCCUGAACUGCUGGACCCGUGAGAGAAAGCGCCCUUUUGAUUUCGGGCGCCGCUCGACACCGUCGGCAGUCGAGCGCGGCCCAACAUGUUGCUCAAAGAAUACAGGAUCCCGCUGCCCUUGUCGGUCGAGGAGUACCGGGUGGCGCAGCUCUACAUGAUCGCCAAAAAGAGUCGCGAAGAAAGCAAAGGAGUCGGCAGCGGUGUUGAAAUCAUGGUGAAUGAGCCAUACACUGAUGGACCAGGAGGCUCAGGGCAAUACACCCACAAGAUUUACCAUAUUGGAAGCCACUUGCCUGGCUGGUUCAAGGCUCUGCUUCCGAAAUCAGCCCUGACUGUGGAAGAGGAAGCAUGGAAUGCAUACCCCUACACCAAGACUCGCUACACGUGCCCAUUCAUUGAGCGCUUCUACCUUGAAAUUGAGACCAAGUACUUUGCUGAUGCUGGUGAACAGGAAAAUGUGUUUGAGUUGUCUGGAGCAGAACUACGCAACUUGCAAGUUGACCUUAUCGACGUGGUUAAGGACCAACUGACCGGCUCAGACUAUGUGCGUGAGGAGGACCCAAAGCUGUACAUCUCGGCCAAGACGUCACGAGGUCCCCUGGACGAUGACUGGAUUCAGGCCUAUCUUGACCACCGGCAGCUGGGGACGCCGGCGCCUCCACCUGGCGAUGGGACCAUCAUGUGUGCCUACAAGCUCUGCCGGGUGGAAUUCCGCUACUGGGGCAUGCAAAGCAAGAUUGAAAAGUUCAUCCACGACGUAGCACUGCGAAAGACGAUGCUGCGGGCUCACCGGCAGGCGUGGGCCUGGCAGGACGAGUGGGUAGGGCUCACUAUGGAGGACAUCCGGCAGAUUGAGCGCGAGACCCAGGAAGCCCUGGCGCGCAAGAUGGCCGCCGACCAGGUCAGCGAGGAAGGGGAUGAGGACGAGGCCCUGGCCCACUCCUGCUCGGCUGCCUCCAUGUCCAAGGUUGACCUGAAUGUGAUAGACAAGGAUAAGGAGGUGACGGUCGGCGAGCCUGUGAAGCCCGCCAGCCGAGCACGUUCCAAGAGCCGCAGCCCGCCACGCCUGGUUCAGGAGCCCGAGCCAGAGCCCUCUGCACCCCUGCCCAUUGCCAGCCCCAAGCCAGCUGAUGGCAGGGGCCAUGCCCAGGGACCCCGUAAGUCUUGGGUCCGCAGCAACUCGAAAGGAGCCCUCCAUUCGCCCAGUGGAAGCUCCACACAAAGUUUUGACCUGCAGCUUGCCAACUGGAGGAUGGAGAGUAUCGUUCGUGAAUCGGACAGCAGCUCCAAUGAUGAGUUCUUUGACGCUGAAGACAUCUGUGGUAACGAAGACUAUGGUUUUAGUCCAAUGACAAAAUGGAGUUCUCUGGAAAUGGUCUCUUCAGAAAAUGAAAAAGGUGGAAUUUUUGGUGGUGCAUCCACGCCUGACGAGGACAGCAUAUUCAGUGCCUCCCACAUCCGGCGGACGCACGCGGUGAGCUUCGGCCGGUCGGCAUCCACUACAGGUGCCUCGACGUCCCUGUCAGAUUCUCCGACAGCAUCGCCGGGACACCAGGCGGGAGUUUCCGCUACACCUUGCCCAACCUCUGUCCUUGUGCUGGUCCUUCACGCUGGCAAUGUGCUGGACUCUGGCGCCGAGGGCCCCACUCCGAAAACCGCUGACCUGGCCACUUUCCGGGCCGCCAUGGAUUCGGCCAUUCGGCAGCACUACCCGACCAUGCUGGGGCGUGUCGCCUUGCGCCUCGUGACCUGCCCGGCCCCCUGCGCUGAGGCCUUGGCAGUUCUCUCCAACCUGAGUCCCUACAGCUUUCAGGCAUCACCGUCGGCAGUCGAUGGAGGCGCUUUCCGCCAUCAAGACUCGAUACCUCUAGGUGCCCUUCCGCUCUUCGCAGUCUCCUCUCCCGAUUUCCCAGACCUCGUGUCCCGUACUGUUUGUGCAGCCAACCAAGCCUAUCACGACUUCCUCAAGUCUGAGCAAGGGCAAGGCUUUGCAGGACAGGUUGCACUCAUUGGGGACAGCGUUGGCUCCAUCUUGGGCUUUGACGCACUCUGCCGCGCAGCCCAGAUGAGCAGCCGCUACGGCAGUGAGAACAGCAUCAACGAAGAGACUCCAGGUGCUGCCCCCCGUCCCAACCCGCUCAUCUCCAUCAGCGAUGGCAGUGGCAACGAAGAUGCAGAGGACUCAGGUGGCGCAGUGACGGCAGCUAGUAGCGGCGGUGCUUCUGCAGCUCAGGGGACCCCUUCGCGCAGCUAUCGCAAGUCUGCAUCUCACCCACCAGAUGCAGCUGCGGCAGCCGCUACUGCAUCUGAAGUGACAGGAAUCUUGGAGGGAGCAGCAUCGUUCCAUAGACUUCUGAGUGCCCCUCCUCCUCGGCGCUCCAGUUCCUGCUCCAGCGAACAGGGAGGCCACGGACGAUUUGAUUUCGAAGUGUCCGACUUUUUCAUGUUUGGCUCUCCCAUAGCGCUGGUGAUGGCUUACCGCAAGAUGCUCUCAUUUGACGACAAGAAUGCUCCCCUGCCACGACCACAAUGCUCUCAAGUGUACAACCUGUUUCACCCCACGGACCCUCUGGCCGCACGCCUUGAACCCUUGCUGAGUGCUCGAUUUUCUCAGCUGCCACCUGUAAACGUACCUCGGUAUCAAAAGUACCCACUCGGUGAUGGGCAGCCAAUCCACUUGCUGGAAUACCUGCAGAGCCACGCCCACAUCUUUGUGGAAGGGCUGCCCCCGUCGUCGUCUGGCUACGCCUGCAUGGGGCGGCGAACCAGCGAAGCCAGCAUCUCAAGCACUGUCUCGGGCGUCUCAGAGGCCUUGCCCCUCAGCACUGUCACUUCAUUGACGCAGAAGUGGUGGGGCAGCCGACGCCUGGACUUCGCACUGUACUGCCCGGAGGGCCUGGCUAACUUCCCGCCACAUGUACUGCCGCACCUGUUUCAUGCCUCCUACUGGGAGUCUAUGGAUGUGGUUGGCUUGCUACUACGGCAACUGCUUCGCGGAGGCUGUGGUGUCGCGGGUGGCCUUGAUGGCGGCGGAGGAGACGGGGUCGCUGCUGGCACACUCGAUCGGGACCUGGCACCCUUCGUGCCUGGACAGCCCCGUGAGAAGUGGCUCCGCAAACGUACCUCUGUCAAAAUCAAGAAUGUAACAGCCAACCACAGGGCCAACGACGUGAUUGUGAAGGAGGGUGAACCACAGGUGCUGACGGCACGUUUCAUGUAUGGACCUCUGGACAUGGUGGCUCUGUCGGGUGAAAAGGUGGACGUGCACCUGAUGCGUGACAGCGGCCACUGGACGCUGCUGGGCACUCAGCUGACCGACCGCAAUGGACGGCUCUCCUUCAGCGUGCCCAAGGACCUGGGACUUGGAUAUGGACUCUUCCCCGUCAAGGCCAUUGUGAGAGGUGACCACACAUCCAUCGACUUCUUCCUUGCUAUUGUGCCUCCGAAGACUGAGUGUGUGGUGUUUAGCAUUGAUGGCUCCUUCACGGCCAGCGUCUCGGUUUCAGGCCGAGAUCCCAAAGUGAGAGCUGGAGCUGUUGAUGUGGUCAGGCAUUGGCAAGAGCUGGGCUACCUGAUCAUCUACAUCACGGGUCGGCCCGACAUGCAGCAGCAGCGGGUGGUCUCCUGGCUUGCCCAGCACAACUUUCCCCAUGGUCUUGUUUCUUUUGCUGAGGGACUGUCCACUGAACCUCUCAGACACAAGCUCAGCUACCUACGACACCUGCAAACGCAUGCGGAGAUUGUCUACCACGCUGCUUACGGCUCGGCCAAGGACAUCGCAGUCUACUCUGCGCUUGGCAUGGUGAAAGAGCAGAUAUUCAUUGUCGGAAAAGUUUCCAAGAAACAACAUUCCGUAGCCACGGUGCUCUCCGAAGGCUACGCGCUUCACCUGACGGACUUGAAGAGUCCAGGCCUGCCGCUGUGCCGGCCGGCCCAGGGCAAUGCCCGCAUGGUUCUGUCACGUGGCUGCUUUGGGCUGCCUGGCCAGGGUCUCUCUGGUCCAGCCAGUGCUUUGAGGCGACGACGCUCGGCCAAGCGAACAACUUCCUACCCACUGUCAGCCUCGCCGGCGUCCCCAGGCCCUUCCUCCACUUCUGGUGGUGCCCUCAAGACUGGCUCGGGUAGCAGUAAAGUGUGAGAGCGUUUCGUCACCACGAAUCAUGGCCAUCAUGUCUCCUCAUCAGUUCAUCACCAUAGGUUUGAGCUGGGCCAUGCUUCCGAGGCACCCGAAGAGCACACCUCGGGCUAGAAAGAACACCUGUGCACAAGACUGUUGCCAUCACCCAAUAUGCCAUGUUUCUGCACCGCCACGGUUGUUUUGCCUUUCCACUCAAGCAACAUCUGUAGGAUUCACCGUCGCCUUUUUCAAGAAUAUUCCCUGUUCCAGAAGGUGCAAGUUCGCUUCGACGCACCUGCAUGGAAUUACCUCUGCACUACUUAUUGUGAGUUGAAGUAUCACUUGUGAAGCUUGGCUGUGUAGUUGGAUUCUGGUAGGAAGGACUUGCAUGCCGGCUUUCAGUGUGCUAAAAGCUUGCUUUUCAAGACGGAUAGAUCAUGCACUUUCAGCUAGCAGGACCAGCGUAGUUGGAGCCGCAGCUUCUGCAAGCUUUAUGGAUAGACAAGAUGCGCAAGGAAGGAAAUGCUUUGCAAGGAAGAUGUGGAAGAUACACAAGGUGGAUGUCGCAUCGUCAGAUGUGUUUGCUGUAAUACCAGCUGAGGACUUUACGCAAGCACAAGUUGCUACAUGGAUGCAUAGCGCAGGAUGCUGCAUGUCGACCGCAAAGUAACUUUGAGAACAAGAAUCUUUGUUGCACUUGGUGAAUGUGCUUUGUCCACCACGUGAUUGUUCCUCGUUGGGAAGAUAAAGGGUUUGAGUGUGGGGCACCAUUUUUCUGCUGCCUAUCAAGAUUUCAAGUUAGGAACACUACCCGAACAAAGUGGUGUGAGAUGAGAUGCUUACACCUAGUGACAGUAUCGCUGUCAGUGUACUGUGUUUUACUUACGCUUUGUGGCUUUCCCGGAGGGCUCGAUCCAUCUUGGCAGCAGUGAGCGCUGUCACCAUUCCCGUUUUGCGAUGCCUUGGUGAUGCUUAGUCUGCACGACGACACAGGAAAGAAUGUGUUGCACUCACGGCGGGGAAGAGGACGAACGAGGAGAGUAACCCUGCCUUCUUGGACGUAGGUUGUGAGAUGACCAUCUUUUGAUGGCCUAGUGCCACAAACAACACAUGCUGCGAGUGCUCCGUGUGAUGCCUAGUGGCCAUGAUCACUUCGAUGUCAAGGCAACGCCCUUGUUGUCGCCAGUGUUGGUGUGGUUGGCACUGACUUUUUUUUUUUGCAGGAAGGUGCUUAGGUCACAGUGUUUUUCAUCCCCAGCCCUUCCACGCGUGGCCUACUUUUAGUGCAAAACGUAGUUGGAAUGUGAGUAUCAUUGUUGACCUUUCGAGAAUGUUUUUUUUUUCUUACCUUGAGAAGUGUGCAUGUCAAAUGCGGCAAGUUUAGUCAAACCUUUUUGAGCAGCCCUAAAUGUUGCAUGUGAAAAAUGUAGAAAGCUCAUUGUACAAAAAGUGUCAAAUGUAAUGGUGGUGUCCUUAUAAGUGUUUCUGGCUGCCAGCUGUUAUGAGGAAAUUCUUUAUUGUUUGCUGUUAUGAGGGUUACACAGGUUUUCUUAAGUUGUUUACAUAGGAAGGAUGCUGCAAGUUUUCUUAUUGUGUCACGCUAGUCAGAAAUGGCUAAAGAGAAAAAUAGAGAAAUAAAACAACAGGGGUACAAAUGCAUGCGAGCAUGUUGACAGGAUAGAGUUAGUGCAUCCGUCAUUGCUGUUCAGUGAUUGCAAGUGCUAAUGGAUGAUUGAAAAUCAGGAAAGACUAGUCCACUCGAAGCCUAUAGAAGCCCACAGCAAUCCCGGAUGCUGGUGUAAUCAGUGAUCACACAUGUGACCAUGGUCACAUGAUUUUAGAAAAUGCAAAGUGCUUGAUAUCUUUCAAGGCAUUCUAUGUCAUACCAUUAAGCUCGAAGAACUGUUUGUUCAGAUACCAUGCUGUGCAAUGCCAAAGCCAAGUGUAAAAAAGGCACACUUUUUUUGCAGCUUUAUUCUAGUGUUUCUUGUUUUACAUGGUCGGUGCUGCAAGUUCAGGCUACAUAACCUACAUAUGCUCUCUCUCAAGAAAUCUAGUCACUAUUAUAACUAAAUAAGGAGUUGUUGUCAGGCUCCUUGUUACCACGGUCCUGACUUCAUAUUCAGCACUUGUUGCAACCAAACACAUGCACUCUUUUCGUUUUUUACGUUUGUGUACAAAAGUUAUUUUAAGAAUGUUGUUUAUAUUGACACACAUCACAUGCACAUUAGCACCUACUCUACUAACAUGUGCCGUGGCUCUGAUGGGUAUCGAACUAGGGCAGUUUAACAUUUAAUAGUAUUUUCACCCAUGUCACCAGCAUCAAAAAACACCUUAACUUUGCUGCAUGCGAAUGCUGGUUGUACAUAAAUUUUGCUUUGCAUUGUGGUUUGGCUUCACAGCAGGCUGCCAGCAUUGCAGUGAAGACCUGAUGUAGCGUGGUGCGGCUUCGUGGCAGCGCACAACGUAUUGCCAUGAAGUCACCCUGUACUUCUAUAUAAGGCAAAAGCAAGGGCAUUAAUGACUGUAAUAACUCAAGGUAUAUAACAGAUAUUUUUUUUCUGGGGCUGUGGCUUGUGCACAUAGUUGUGGACAGCUUUUGUACACAGAUUACAGGCCCACUACUAGCUGUCUUAUACGGGAGAAAACAUGGUUUUUCGCUUCAUCAUAAAGUUUGCACAACAAAGCUUCCUUCUCACUCAGGCUGAACAUAUGGAUUUUCAAAGAAGCCAUCGUUUUCCAGAGACAAAUUAGAAUGACCAUUUCUUUUGAGGCCAAUCUUGUUUUGAAUGUUUGUUCGUAAGUCUUGCCGUCACCCUAGAAGUAUGACUGAAACCAUUACUACAGCAGUGCAUGUUUUGUGCUAGUUUGUCAUAAGCACGCAAAGACGUUUAAGUGGGCAUUAAUACAAAGUGAAGUUUAACCAAAUGUUGGAUUGUUCCAGGAGGCAAACACUUCCCAAGUAAAUCUAUGGCUCUGUUGCACUUGUGUACUUCUUGGAUGGCAUUGCUUUGUUCUUUACUCAACCAUUAACUGCUUUGUAUAUUAAAAGUACUAGCCUGUUUCAAGCAUUCCGAAAUAAUUGACCCAUAAUGAUAGUGAUGCAAAAGAUAUUCAUGUACUACAAGCCAUCAUUCUUGUAGUAUUUGUGACGGAAACUUCUUAAACACAAUGUGAUCAUGUUGUUACUUUUGUUAGCGACCCAGCUUAGUGGUCCUUUUAAUGUACAAUGUUGCACUGUAUCGGCCAAAGCAUGCUAAAGCUGAAGCAUGAUUGUGAGAUUUGUUUUUGCAUGGAAUUUUUCAUCCCAGCAUUGCAUAUGCUCUUGAAUGUGGUUAGGUUGAAUGUGGUUAUGGCACACUCCUUUGGCGUCACCAUUUCCUUGCCAUUGUAGGCUGUGCUAAAAGCAGCAGAUGCCAUAAAUUUAUGGUUGUUCAAACUUGGAUAAUAUGCAACUCAGGUUAAUUUAGACAAACAUAAAAGUUUGGUUGGAUUCCUAUCCCACAGUAUGCGAAAUCUACAACAUAUUUUGUCAGAGUGGAGGUUCAGCCUUGUCAAUGUAUUAUUUCUGUAGACUUGUGUCUUUCCUGUUUGCUAAUGCAAUUUUGCAUUAUGAACCUACCAACAUGUCAGAUUUUUUGGCUUCCUAGAGCUAGUGAAUAUGGCCAAUAACGGCCAAUUAAAGUAACAUAUAUAGGUCAGUAAAUAUUCUAAACAUACCUUCAGGCUACUCUGCGUGUUGGUGGGUGCCAUCAAAUUCUAUAUGGCUGCCACAAAUGCAAGCGUGUAACAAGUAUAACAGCUGUACAUCUGUUUAUGCUAUUUUGUGUACCUGUUCUUGCAAUAAGCCAUAUCUUUAUUUCGAACCAUACUUUACGCAGCUUCCAAUAAUUCGAGAAAAAUUCAUAAUUUCCUGGGAGAUUCAACUGUAUUAUAACGUCAGUUGAAGCUUAUUUGCAUUCUGCAAAGCUAACAAAGAGCCUUUCUUAGCACAAUAACAGACUGCAUGCAUCCUCCUUGAAGUACCACGUUUGUUCCUUUGUUGCAUUCCUUGAAUUCUGUUUGUUUGUUUUGUGUGCUGUAUUGAAAAACAAAACAAAAAACUCUACUCCACACUAGUUUUUUGCAACUCACUCUGUUUUCGUGGUUGUGAAUGGAACCCGUAUGUGUUCGUUACUUUUGCGAUGCGGGUGUUUUUUUUUCGGUUUUUUUUUUUUUUCUUUCAUUCUCUGGCACUAUUUGCAAGGCUAAAAAUGCCCGUGUACUGAAUCCUUACAUGCAAGUAUUACAAGCAUUCUGACUGCCAUGACUUUUUAGCCAUGCGUCUAUCUCAGUGUGCCACGUGUCCAAUUCUAAGAGACCACCAAAUGUUGUACAGCACUAAAAUAUUUUUUCUUGCUUUUUUUUAUUUGUUGCUUUGUUUGAGGUGAAACCUUGUUUACAUGUUUUAGAUGAGUUUAUUGUUCACAUGAUAGCAAGGUUCCUAGGGCAUCUUAUAAAAACUCAUAUACAAGUGCCAUCUUUGCGUGAGUUAAGAGACAUUACAAUGUGUUAUUCUCUUUCUCUCUCUCUUUUUUCUCACUUGUUUACUUUAUCUGCCGUCACGAGAGAUCACACAAGUAAUGAGACAUGUUUUUUCAUUUAUUUAUUUAAUGGUGCUGUCCUAGAAAAGCUGUGGAGCUGUUAGUUCAGUGUGUUGUUUUACUUGUGCAAGCAGUGACUUGUUCUUCAGUUUAUGUAACAAAGACCACUCUUUUUCUGUUCACUGCUAUGUAAUUUGUUAGUGUACUUGUAUGCACUGUGCAUGUUGGCUUCCUAGCAUGGCUCUUAUUGCUUUUUUUUUUCCUUUUUUCUCCUGGAACCAUGAUCCACAUUCUUGUGAGCUGUUUCUUGCCUCGCGGAUGGGAUGGAUUUAAGGAUGCGCUUGAGAGGGAUGUCUGUUCUUCCUUAAGCAAAUUCCCAUUUUUCUAAUGUGUAGGCACUCCAUCCGUUCUCGAGAAGAAGAAAAAAACUUGGUUGAGGUAUGGAACCCUUAUAGCUGAAUGUAGGCAGCCCAUGUAUUUGUGAGUAUGAGCUGUCAGCAUUUCCCGUAAUGUAACAAUGAAGGCUGAUGUACUGAGUGUAAUAAACAAUCUAAGGGGCACAGAAAGGCAGCUUAAGGUUGCAGCAUUCCAAGGGCAGCAGGACCAAUAGCUCUGGUAAUCACCUGAAAGAGUCAGUGUCAAGUACAGUGCAGUGAUUUAUAGACAGGCUUGCCUGAAAAUCGAAAAAUAAAAGGAAUAGAGGUGAGAAGUAAUGAAAUUUGUUGAGGAAGACGUCAGGACUCUCAGUUUAAGAAUUAAACAACAACUUGGAAGGGUUGACUACUGUGCCAGGUGGUGAACAUUUGUCAUUGGAGAUGAUGCACACGGACAAAAGAAACAAAGGAAAGAAAGAAAGAAAAACAGAAGAAACAAAACUUUUUGAGUACUUUUGUGUUCUUUGUUUUUCUUCACUCCAUCUGGGCUGUAAGCAACUAUACUGUAUUGCGUAUAAACAGACAAGUACCAUAUAUAAUCGAACAUAAGUGUUGGAUGUGAAAGCAAAAGAAAAAUUUUAUUUCUGGGUUGGCCCUCAUUUGUAAGAAAACAGAAGAUUGGAAGAAGAUGAAGCUUUAUUUGGUGUGCAUUUUUCACAACAUUGGAGAGAUUAAGGUUGUAACAAGUGCCCUUAGUGAGAGUUUCCACCCACAACAUAGAUGCCAGUAUCAUCUUAAAUUCAGGGGGUGGUGACUGGCAUUGAUACACAAUGUCUCAACUGAAGUCGGACCCUUCCUGAUAACACUUAUAUGUCAGCGCAGCUAACCUGAAAGAGCAAUUGCGGCAGGCUUCAUAAUGAAUAUUGUUGAAUAGGGGACCAUACAAUAAAAAAUUCCCAAGAUGGAAUUUCCUUAAAUUAAAAUUUUUUCAGAGGACCACGAGGGAUGAACUUUGUUGUUGCCAGAUGUAGGUCUCAAUAUUCUUCGUAGGUACUUGAGGUUAAAUGACGCUUUUCACUGCUUUAGUAAUGGGCAAUACUUCCAGACAAGAAAAGUUUGCUGAUGGACAGUAGGAAUUCAAGGCAGCGUAAGCGGUACAGGGAACAGCACAGAAAUCCGCCAAUGAUGAAGAGAGGCACAAAGAAGGCACACACAGCGAUGUACUUUCAACAAAACAGGUGUUCUGCAGGUGUCUUCUUGUGGUGAUCAGUAUAAGAACGUCUGCAGCAGCAAAAUAAAUAUUUUGCUGAAAGUACAGUGCUGUGUGUGUCUUCUUUGUACCUCUCUUCAUCUUUGUCGGAUUUCUGUGCUGUUCCCCGGUACAGUGAACAACCAACAAGCCUAACUGGAAAAUCUGCUCAGCAUUAGCUGGUAUUAUGAUGAUGAUGAAACUCUCAAAAUUUAUGCAGCGUCUUCAUUCAUUGUUUCAUCUUACUGUUGCCAUGCCACCAUGGUGGUGAUGGCUUUUCAGCAUGGCAUGUGUAUGGUGGAGAGCUGUAAGAACCUAUAACAGCUAUCGCUGUGAAAAAAAAGGAGGGAAGUUCUAUGUUCAGUGUAUAUUCAAACACAUGUAGGAAGACCCUUUCUGCUUUUUAGUAACUUGAUGUUACUUGGAACUGCCUCCCCCUCUGAUGUAUUGCCAUAAACCCAUCUCAACCUGUUAAUUCGAGGGUGAAGUGGGCACUUAGGUUUAGACACUGAGAUAUUGUUAUGGCAUCCACUAACGUGUUAAAGGAACACCAAAAGUAGUGUGAAAAGUGUCAUUUCAGUUCCUUGACUGCACAUAGUAUUUUUAGACGUGAAUGUCUGACCUGCACCUUUUCCUCUGUCAGUGUUCUUAUGUUUUUUUGCCUUGCCUUGUCUUCUGCGCUGGAUGCUCAAACUAUAUUGUGAUACUAAGUUAGGCUGCCUUUGCUUAUUUAUGUUAGCACCAACACCUCAUAGAGGGCCACCUGUUCAAUAAUGUUCCGGUGACACAAAUGGCUCAACUGGCAUAAUUACAAAACCGUGGUCUAAUACCCUCAAACCUCAUUGUAACGAAGUCGCCUCCACCAUGAAAAUACCUUUGUUAUAUCCAAUAUUUGUUAUAAGCAUAUAUUUGUUGCCCGCUCGUAUCGGCAAGAGACAUUUUAGAUUUACCUUGAAGAUUUUUUAUGUCUGUGUUCCUUAUGCUGAGGUUAGCUGUACAUUAGGAUAUGUCAAACUGGAGGCUGUCACAUACAAAGUAAGAGCUGCAGCUGUUAGUGAUAAUUUUGCCUUGUUGAUUGAGCACAAGAAAAUUAUAGCAUUUGGGCUUAUGCACCUGUGGACACAUCAUUUAAGAUCAAAUGUUUCAUUAUAGUUAUGCUUAGUUAUUUGUGUUUUUGUUGCAUAGAGAGAAAUAAUGACAAGGUCUACUUGGUGGUCAUGGAUGCAUAUGAAAAAGGACCCCCAAAAGCACGCUCAUUGUCUUCGCAUGGUUCUGGCAGAGGGUUUAGAACUUUCUUGAGGUGCAGAAUCUGUCUUAAGAAAUAGCAUGAUCGUUACCGCAUAUUGACCACAGAGAAACAGAGGCGAGUGUUGUGCUGCUUCCAGAAAAGAGUGGCUGUGUUGUUGGCUAUUUGUGUUGCAUGCCAGAUGAAUUACUUGCGACUGUCGUAGACAACAGGUGGCUGCAGUGGUGGGUAUUACUUUGCAGAGCUACCAGUCAUGUCAGUGUCCACGGCUGCCAGUGAGAAUAGAACCUUCAGAGUAUGCUGUCUUUGUUAGUCUGUGUGCUUGGUUGGCUUCAGAGACUGGGGAUGUCAAGCAUAGAUUCGCAGCCAUUGGUUGGCACUCUGAAAGUUGCUGUGAUUGCAUAAAUUACAUCCUGUUGGCCAGAAUAGCCCGAGAAUGUUACUGGUUUGCCGAGAUGGACCUUGUAGACUGCUUGGUUAAAAGUACAGCAAGAGCAUAUGGUUUGCUUGGCGUGAUGGUCUUGUUACAUGUGUGAAGCCAUGAGGACAAUCGCAUAGAAAAGUAAAGCAGACUGUGUAAAGCUGUUUUUUCUUAAUUACAGGAAUUUUGCUAUAUCAGUAUGUCAAAUUUCAUUCAGUAUUAUAUAUGCUGCCUACUUCAGUUGAACCAUUAACCUGUUGCAAGUGGAUGUUUAAGGGGAGAGUUACUGAAGCUGCCUAGUGCAAUUCAUCAUGUUUGCUAAUAGAAUGUGGUUAAUCAUGAGCGAAUAAUAUGCAAAGUACUUUAGGCACACUGGUUAAAGGCACCAGUCUAGAUUGCAGUAUAAUAUGGUACUAUUAGUGUGGAACAACUAGCACUACUAGGCAGUAAAGUUAGUACACAUGGAUCUUCAAGGUGCUUCACUGGUAUGGUGCAAUGUAUAAUGUAGCACCCACUGGUAGCUUGUACUUGUACUAGCAUGCUGGUAAGAGCACUAGGUGAUCAACGCUGUGGCUGUGUGGGCAUGUGUAUACAGCUGUGCACCAUUCAGUAUGUACGCCUUGACGGCUACGUCUAUGGAAACCUCAUGGUUAUUUGUAGCAUAGGGUGGGCUAUAAGUUGGUGUGAUUCUCUGCUGACGUUAGAGACAGCAAGCCACUCAAAGCGGCGAGUUUUCGCACUGGCUUUCUAACAAGGUAUCUUCGUCUUAUGCUGUGUGCACGUGUUAAUGUUGAAGCUGUUAGCUACCGAGUUCAUUAGGGUCGUUCCUAAAAAUUUUUGGGUUGUCUUUGUUGUCGUUUUGCACAUUGCAGGUCAGUGUAUCGUACCGCUGUGGCUUAUGACGGUAGACACGAACAAAUGCUUGAAGUGCCGAUUCCGCUAGUCCGAGGACAUCAUCUUGGCAGGCCUGCCAAGCACGGAUGACUUUCAUAGUCUAUUAUAGCCCUUAGGCGUGAACACACUAUGCGCUGGUGGUUAUACCCUUAACCAACGUUACACUGUUGUCAUCUUUCUAGACAAAGCAUCUAAGUGUAUUUACCAUAACAUGCCGCUGCCCGCGUGAUGAGCAAAAGAGACCUAGCUUUCUUUCCAUUACCAUUCCCAGCUGUUUUUCGCAUAGUUAUUUUGUUUGUUAUUGAGGUUGUACCUUGUGUAUGUCAUUUAAGUCCAAUUAAUAUAUGAUGCAAUUAAUGCAAUUACCAUUUCUGUUCACCAAGAACUGCUGUCACCUGAAUCGCACGUGCACCUGAGACCCUAAUAUAUAUAUCAGCGCCUAAGCAGACAGUUUCAAGGGCCAAGCGUAAGCAGAAUGCUUGGACAAGCACUAUAUUGAAAAAAUUCAGAAGUUUUGAACAUAAGAGUUUACUUUUACCAUGUGUUUGGAAUGUGUUCCAGCACGACUGUGUUCCUCAUCAAUAAUGGAAAUGUUUCAAUGUUGGUACGUGUAAGUGUUGUGAUCACACCUGUUGUCCCUUGUAUUCCUGCCCUCUUCUUUUUUAUUCAGUGUUGAUCCAUGUUUCCAAUAUUCUUAAGGUAAAUCACUCUUGCCAUAAGUGCAAGUUAAAAUUUCCAUAGCUUGCCAAGCAUUAAAUUUGUUGCAUGGGUGAUUUGACAGCUAGCCUCAUUUACCAGGCAAUUGCAUAAUGUUUACUGUGCACUUUAGAUUUGACGGUAAGUGCAGUGAGGCCCCACAUUGGUCUUGGUCACCACCGUGCACAACAGCUUUUCAAGAAGUGGGGGAAAAAAUGCAAAGGAACACUACGUAUGGUUAACCUAAUUUGCUGCUGCUAUAACUGUGUAAAGUUUGAUGGAUACAAUAACGAUGAGCAAAACGUUAUUGUCAGCCGCUUAAGUCAAAACCACGACUCACUGAACUGCGUUUCCUCAGCGUACAGCCAUUUCCUGUGCGAAAAACCAGCCAGUGUGUUCGAGACAACACUGCAAUUUUGCACCCUGUUGCUUUAAAUUUCCCCAUUUGCCAUUUUUAAUUCAUCUAUUUUGCUUUUCAAAGCCUAUCAUAUCACCCUUCCUUCGUUCUCGGAGGCUCCAGCCCAUCUUGUGCAAUGUGCGCAAGCUCGGCGUUUGGUGAACCACACACUAUCGUCGAACCAAAAUUGUUGAAGCUGUACAAGUUUUACUGUUUUCAAGCAGUAGCAACAGCACUCUCUUGUACUGUAGACUGCUGGCUACGUAGCCGUUUAAACACCGCUGCCUUUGGACGCAACCACACAUCUCUGUGCAUCCCAUGUCUGCCGGGCACUGUAUGUCGCACGCUCCUGGACACUCGGGGGCCACCCAAAGGACUGUGUCCUAGAGUGCUUGUGGAAUGAUGGAGGAGGACACUGUCCUACUAUCUUGUCUAUCUGUGCGUGUCACACUCUCCCUUCUCACGUGCAUAAUUAACUGUGUGUGUAGAUCACCAAAGGGGGAGGGAAGCGGGGGGGAACUGCAUCACCCUGCAUUUGCACUCGAUGCCGAUGGUGCAUGUUUGACAUUGUACAGCUUGGCUCCAGUGUUUUCUUCCCCCUGUGUUGCUAUAGGCAUGAUUUGCUGUCAAAAGUGGGAAAGAUGAUGAAAGUUUACUUUUUUAUUUACAAAAAUAAAAAAAGAGAGACAUGUCUA